AUGAAGUUCGUUCGGUUUAUCAUGAAAAACGCCGCCUUGGCCAGUGUGCCCAAACAUAUCGAACAUUUCUCCAAAUUUUCUCCUUCGCCGCUCUCCAUGAAGCAGUUUCUGGAUUUCGGUGAGUAUUCCUGCUGCUCCAUUUCAGACAUGUUGAAAAUAACUCAAGCUUUCUACAUCUUCACAGACAUAUAGCAUGUUUAUUUGAUUGCAUAUCCCCAAAAUGACCUUGUUGUUAUCCCGUUUAUCUGCAGUGUGGAGGUUUAGCUGCUGUAGCAUGGUGGUGCUCAUAGUGCAGAGGAUUGCAUCAGAUCUGUUAUAGCAGGACAGGGCUGUACUGUAGGGGCCCUGUGGAGACUAUUACAGCUAAUAUUUCUGGAUAUUUCAUCUUACAGGCUUGCUGACGGAUUUAUAAUCAUGUUUUGUGCAAUUACUGGAGAGCAAGUCAACAUUUUAUCUGUAAAUGUUUGCUAAAAACAACAAAAAUGAGAUUUCUAGGAGGUUAAAAUGUAGAUGGCACUCAUUUCUUAGUGUUAAAAUGCUUUAUUAUGAUGGUCUAUAAUGGAAUUUUCACUCUGUUUGAUAAUUUAAUCCUAUUGUUUGACUCAUGUCUUCAAAAAUCAAAGAUAAGUUUAUAUUUUCAACUAGUCAGUCAAAAAAAAGAGUCCAUAGAGUUUGUAAAGUAGAGUAAACACCAAGUAAGAUUCACAUAAUCAAUCAAAAGUAUCAGCAGUUAUUAGAUGAUCGAUAACGGGCUUUUAAAGGUUAGUAUAAUAACAAGUAAACAGGUGAGAAAAGGACAAAAUCUAAUCCUGGUGUCUUGUUAUUGUAGUUUUUGCUUGAGUUAAAAGAUAAAAUAAGAACUUAAAUUGAUAUUUCAUUAUUUUUGACUUCUCUAGUGUUAAAUCAGCGUCUAGAUUUCCUUCUAGACAUCUUUAAUUGUGAGAAUAAAAGAAAAUACAGGGUUAAUAUUGAGGUGUUUUACAAAACAAUCAUAAAACAUGAACAAUAUCAUUAUUUUAGACCCAUUUAAAUGUAAUAAACAUGUUCUUUCUCAGUUUUGGAUGGAUUUUUGAGCAAUAUAUAAAAAAUAAAUGCAUUAGAUUUCUCAAUAUGGCAUGACAUGACAUGAUAAUUGUAUUCAUCAUAAUAUAAUGUAGCUUAAACACCAGCCAGGGAUAGUUUCAAUUGGAUAAAUUGUCAUGUUGGUUGGCUUUGAAUAUUUUUAUGCACACUUUGAAACAGAAAAACUGAGAUUUUUUUUUGUUUUACUGCUUAAAAUGUGUUUCAAAUGUGUUUAAAAUGUGUUUCAGUAAAGUUGAUCAAACAUUUUCAGGUCUAAUUUCGACUCUUUUUCCUGCUCCAGGUUCCAUAAAUGCCUGUGAGAAGACCUCCUUUGUGGUUUUGCGGCAGGAGCUGCCUGUCCGACUGUCAAACAUCAUGAAGGAAAUUAACUUGUUGCCUAACAAACUCCUCACAACCUCGUCUGUGCAAAUGGUGCAGAGCUGGUAAGUCAGACCAGGAUUUGAUCCAAGUUAUGUAAUUCCUCAGAUAUGACCUGCACUUCUGAUUCAAGAAAAACAAAGAAAGAGAAACUUUCCCUCUCUCCGUUAGCCUCUGUGCUAGCUCAUAAAAGCGAAAUUUGAUGGCAGAAGUCCUCCCAUGAGCUCACAGAAGUUGACCGUCACAGCUGUCGGCUUGUUUACUUCCAAUUUGUAGUACAGUUUGAGUUUCUCUGUGAUAGCGUCAGCCACUAACUGCAUAAGCACCCUUUGACCAAGUUGUUCUCCUUCCAGCUGGCUCAGAGCGGGCUGAGGCUCUCAGCGCUGAACUUUACCCUAGUUUCUCCACUCGAGUCACAUGACCCUGUUUACUGGAGAGGCUGCACGUCUUCCCUUUUGUUGAGGAAUGGCCUAAAUUACUCGUACGAGGAUUAAGAUGAAGCUUUUUUUAGCCACGAACUCUCACCUGAAUGCCAGCUGAACUCCUUCUUCUGCGUCACACAACACUGUGUUCUGUUUAAACACGUCUGAUCGUUUGUUUUUAUUGCAGGUACAUUCAGAGUUUAAUGGAGAUCCUGGAAUUCCUGGACAAGAAUCCAGAUGAUCACAGAGUGCUGGGAGAGUGAGUUCCUGUUUUUCCUCGAUAGCAUCCUUCACAAGAUCCUUUUAACACACAAUUUUUCAUUUAAGACGCUCUUUUUUAAGGGGAGUUUUUAAUGUCAGUGAAAAAGACUGAUAUUUAUAUUUAUGCCAUUUUGUGAAAAGACAAACAAGACCAUCAGAGGAGCUUUAAAAGACAACUGUCAUCUUUUAAAAGUCCUGAUUAUUCAAAAGUAGAUACCAACUCAAUCUCACACCCGAUAUUCCCAUUGAAGCUUUUUUUGCCGUAGACGUAGAGAACUAGGGAUGGGAAUCGAGAACCGGGUCUUGCUGAGAACCGCUUCCAAAUGGUUCAAUCCAUAGACAUCGUUUACACUUUAUCUUAACAAUUCCUUUAAUGAUUCCUUUCUGGGUGUCUUGUAAGAGCCAGUCUGCGGGAACAAAAACAGAGACUUUAGGGGAAAAAACAUGCCGAAUGGUACGAAAAGUAGGCAGAAACAAAAAGUGUGGCAUCACUUUACUGAGAAAGACGACAACGGGUUUUGUGUGGAAGUUUUAAGUUUGUGCAUCAUGGACUAACUGAGUUAAAAGCGCAUAAAAACAUUCAACCCGACCCAAAAAAACCUCUAAAUUUUGCGCACGACUCUGCCUCGCGUGUAGUGUCCUCUUUUUGGGGAUCCAGAAUAUAGUCCCCCUAAUUUAACUUCAUGCUGACCGAAGUAAUUGCUGUACAAAUAGUUUGUCAUUUGAGACUCAAUAAAAUUUUGAGUUAAUGGUGAAAACCUAUAGUCUCAUUUUUUUUAAAUCAAAGGCAUUUAUAAGGGAAUUGUUCAAAAGUUGACUCUCUCACCAAAUCAGAUUCAUGCUGAAGAUUCUGGAAAGCUUGCACAGGCGUAGGUGUGCAUUUAUAGAUGACAGUGUCGUCAGCGUAGAAGUGAAAGCAGAGUUAAAGACACUCUGUCAAAAACAAUCGAUGUAAACAGUAAAUAGUAGUGGGCUGAGAACUGAUCCUUGUGGCACCUCUUUGACUUUUUCCUGACUGUAGGAGCCAUAAUGUUGCUUUGCUCAUCGGUUAUCCUGUGUUCAGUUACUUUUGUCUGGUUGCCAUUGGUUUCGCUGGGUUUGGGUCACAGUCCCACCUGUACUGGGGUGGAGAGGUGAGCCUAGGUAGCCGUAAUUUCUGUUGACCGCGCUUUAUGUUCUUUGUUUUGCAAUGAUACACAUCGCUAAGUAUACACAUAUUAUAUCGGGUGUGCGAGGUAAAUCGUUGCCGACUGUACAAGCGUUUUCACAGCUCCAAAAACUUGCAUGAACUGUGGGUGCUUCUAUGAAACAGCAGCGGCGUCUCACACAAAUAUACAGGAUCUAUUCUCUGCCUCAAGCGACUUUUUUAAAGGUUCUAGGAAAGCUGCAAUACUGACGUUUCCUGUUUUUUUAUUAACAACCUGGUUUUCUGUGUUUCCAUCCUCUGCAGGUUUGUUGACGCCUUGGUCACCAUCAGAAACAGGCACAACGACGUCGUCCCGACCAUGGCCCAGGGUAUCAUCGAGUACAAAGAGGCUUUCCCCCAGGAUCCAGUCACGAACCAAAACAUCCAGUACUUUCUGGACCGCUUCUACAUGAGCCGGAUCUCCAUCCGAAUGCUCAUCAACCAGCACAGUGAGUCCCCCUCAGAGUCAGACUGAAGUUUGUCCCCGCUCUCUCUCUCUCUCUGUCUCUCUCUCUCUCUCUCUCUCUAACUGUGUGUCGUCUGCGGCGGUGUUUCUGUUUUACUGAUCUCGCCCCGCUCUCUGCGUCACCCGCUCGACACCCAGAGGGAACAAUAAGUCAAAACAUGUCGCCUCACGAACUUUAUUGUCACAUCAGUGACAAAUGAUUUCAUGUGGGAUGUUUUGUUCGCCUGGGGAGCAGCAGGAGUCAUGACAGGCUCCACAUCAUAAAACUCCUGUAUCAUUAUGCAGCAUUUGUUACCGAGUCAUCGAGACAUAAAAUCGGAUGCAGACUGAAGCUAAUGGGAUGUAAAAUAAGGAGUCUGUUUGUUGCUCCACCCUCCUCUGUUAAAGAUGUAACAAAUUAAAUUAAACUCCUGAAUUUCAAUAUCAGUUUCUCCUGUCGUAUCGUGAUCGUCAGACGUACAAUGACAGUAAAUAUGAAAAAACUCAGAGAUGCAUUUCAGAUCAAAAACUUCUGGAUCUUGAUUUUAGUCUGAGACUCUUUUAAUCCUUUAAACUGGACUCUAUCUGUUUUCUGCAGCUCUAAUUUUUGAUGGAACCACGAACCCAGUUCACCCAAACACCAUCGGGAGCAUCGACCCGCACUGUCAGGUCGCAGAUGUAGUCCAAGGUACAAACUUUUACAUUCAACUUGGAUUAAAUUAACAUAAAACUGUGUAUCAUUGUCAAUUUAUACAUGUCUUUAAGUUGGAUUUGUACUACAAUCAUGUCAUAACCAUGCUAUGAUCGCCUUCAUAUAGAUGCCUACCACAGUGCCAAGAUGGUGUGUGACCAGUACUACCUCCGCUCCCCCGACCUCCUCCUCCAGGAGAUGAGCAGUAAGCCGACUUUGAUUUCAUCUUUCAGAGACGUUUUACUGGAAACUCCUGAAGUUCAACUGAAGUUUAAACAAGAGAAUUAAAUAAUGAUGAGAAACCAAACAGAGUCAGAGAGCACAGAGUGUGUACAUACAGUCCGAGUGUUCAGCCAGGUGGACCUGAGAGCUCUCUAAUUAUAGCUCUGAAGCAGAAGAAGAAGUGCCUCAAUGAGCUCGGCUGGUUGCGUCAGACAAUAUUGACACACAGACUUUUUUUUUUUUUUCUCCUCCGAACUGUCAGACAAUAAACCAGAGGAGAGGGGGCUGUUGGAUAACGAUGGAAAACAUCGACUUUAUGAGCAGGGAGGAGAUUAGAGACACACUUCCUCGAUUCCUCGUCCAUGACAGAGUUAAAGGGAUGUUCCGGCAUAAAACUAUUUCAGGGUCAAACACACCGUAGCAAUGAGAUAGACACCCUUUCGAGAGAUGAAUGUUGUCGACCGCUUGCUUCUCUAGUUAUACCAACUUUAGUAACGACCGCACGAUAGCAAUACACAGCGGUCUGAGGAGCCAUAAACAAACCUCAACCAAAACGCCACUCUAUAGCCACAAAUAAUGCUCAGAACAGCACCUAACUUCAUCAACAGGACAUAUAGGGUCACAGACAUAGUCCCCAGGCCAGUCCAUUACGGACUGCUGCGGGGUGUCGCAGCUCAAGGAAGAACAUUUAUGAUCAUUACUUUAUCAUUUCCUUCAAGUUAUAAUCACUUUAUUAAUCAUUUUGCAGACGCGGUAGUUCUUCUGCCUUAGCGUCCCGGUCUGAUUGUAUUUCCACUCACCUACAAGAGAGUAGGUCAGUUGUGUUUAGUGUUUAAUUUUACAAAGUGAAGGACAGGAGGUAAACAGGAGCAGAGUUGUGUUGUUUGUGUGUCAAUAUUGGCGGAUAAUUAUCACUGCCGACAGGUAUGAACAUUUCUGCUCAGUAUGAUCCACCAGUGGGAAAAAAAGGAUCUCAGAGUGUUUAAAGCCUGUUUCUAAAAACUGUCUCAAUAAGAGUAAAAGGUAAUUUAUAUUGCAUAUAUAUACGCAACCUUUAUCGGUAACAUAAGAUUGAAAAUAUCAGAUAAAAUCCAAUAUGGUGCGUCUCUUAUUCCUGACCUGGUCUGAUCCAUGAGUGUUGAAGAAAAUCUGUUUGAAAUGAAGCAGCUGAUUCUAUUUUUACUUCUGUCUUUGCAGGUAAUAAGAAGAACCUCCCAGUCAGCAUCGUGUAUGUGCCCUCUCACCUUUACCACAUGCUGUUCGAGCUCUUUAAGGUACGAAACCUCCUGUUUUUUUUUUUCAAUCUUAUUCUAAUUAAAGUGAUCAAUAUGUUUUUUUAACUGAUCGAUGCUUUCCUUCUGUCAGAACGCGAUGAGAGCAACAACCUUCCUCCAGUCCAGGUCCUGGUGUCUCUGGGAGGCGAGGACUUGUCAAUCAGGGUGAGCGGAAACAUCUUUUACUCUUCCUCGUAGGUUUUUUUUUGUUCCCUCAGGCCUUUGUUUGGUUUGUGAGUUUGUGUUUGUGAAGGUAACACAAACCCUCCCACUAUGAGGAGGACAAUAGAGCUGAACAGCCUGUAGGAGUGAGUGGAAGUGGGGGUGUGUUUUUACGUCUGUUAGCUCUCUGUGGACCAGUUCGACAAGUUUAAUGGAGCCUGUGAUGAUGAAGUUAUCGCGCUGGAUUAAACCUCCUCACUGCAGAUUCAGAUUAGCUUAAUGUUACAUAACGUAACGAUACGGCUUUUAAAGCUAAUAGUUACACAGUCUUUUAUCGUUGUUUCCGCUCAGAUCGGCUCAACUUUCUAAGAAACACCUUCACCCUUCAUUAACUGGAGAGCUUAUUAGCAGGCGGAGCGACUUAACGCUGAUAAGAUUAAAAACAAAGACUUUGUACCCUCAUAAACCUGGUCCCAGAGCUCAUGUUUUACAACCACACUCUGCUGAUAAACUUUUGUCGAACUUAAACUUCCACUGAUCAGCGUUUAUAUCCAGAAAGGAUUAGAUUAAUGUGUGUAGUCUGAAACUAAAAUGAGGAUUUAAAAAACCCAGAAAGUCCAUCACAUCUGAGUUCAUCAGGUCUGCUCUAUUACAUCAGGUUGUAUCAUAAGUCACAAACAUUCACAGGUUAUCUCUUAAAGUUUUGGGUAAAACUGAACCGUGUUCUCUGAUGACCUUUUUUUUAUGACGGCAGCGUCUGUUUUUAAAAUAAAACCAACACAGUUCAGCAUCUUCAGCGCCAUAUGGACAUGUCAUCUCCGAGGCGUCUGAUGCUGAGUUUGAAGUCUAUCAGCUGUAGUCGCCAUGUUGUAAAAGGUCAAAGAGGAGGUGAUGAGUCUAGUCAGCUGUCAUUUGUAACGCUGCAAAACUUUAAUAUCUUCAAAACAAAAAUUCACCUCUUGAAUGAACUUUUCAGACUGAGACGGUUUGUUGAACAUGUCUGUGAACACGUCUGUUUUUGCUCUGAUCGUUAACUUUUUUGAAUGAGUGUGUAUGUGGUUCUCUGCGCUUUUGCAGUUAGCCUCAAGUGGACACUUUUGGAACUGCAGUUUUUGGAACUUGCUUAUUGGUUUAAUUCAAAACUGGGGGGUUAUUUUUGCAAAGACUUCUGUAGUUUUACUUCAUUUCACCAAAGCGAAAAAUGAAAAGGAUGUAAAAUACAGUUUGCAACCUCCACAUUCAAGAACAGCUGCAUUGUGCAUCAAAUUAAACCCUCUUUUAGCUGUCUUCAAAUGUCUGCAGUCCUCCUCCUCCAGUCCAAGCAGCUGGGGUCACACCCAAACUAUGCAACAAGUCCCAUCAGAGUUACAUAACUUAAAAGUAUUUCAGUGUUGAAAUCAGUAGUAUUAUAGCGAGUUAGGCAAUGAAAUGAAGUGACACUGCAGUAUGUUUCCUCUAAAUGCAGGAUUAUUAUAUAACGAAUGAAAAAGGUUGACUAAAAAAAAUUUAUCUGGCAGUCGUCAGGCCCAGUGCUUCCCCUUUACAAUGCAUUAUGGGAUACCUGGUAGUAACUUCUUCUAGCAGAAACUGUAGCUGUUGUAGCUCCUGUUUGGUCUGUCUACUCAUAGUUUAGCUGUUUGGUUCAGAAAAACUCAGAAAGAAGGUAUUUCAGCAAAAAGAAUCAAAAUGAUGAAAAGUUAGUCGAGAUAAAACAAAGUGACUAUUGGAUUCAGAUUCAUGAGACGGACACAAACAGGUCUUUAAACAUGGAUUAAUGUCUGUUGAGGUCGGCUGGAGGUGUAAUUAAGCUGCUUUUGUGCAAAGAUGUUAAGUUUAAAGACUAAAACUCAUGACUCACUUCAAAAUGAAAAGACCUCUGGAGCUAAAGAGAUGUAAUUAAAGAAUAACAUGAUGGAAUAAGUACAGAGAGUAUGCUGAGGAGGAAAUCUAGGCUGUGAUUUAGAGGAUAAUCCAGAUUAUCGACCUUUUUGUUGCAGCUCUGAAUCAGCUUCUUCUUUUUCUGUUCUCGUCAAGUUUCAGUUUUUGCAUGAGCAGGUUUAUCAUUACAAUAAGUCCAGUAAACACGCGGCCCCUCAGCUGCUUUUUUCCAGUCAAGGCCGGGUGUGGAUGACAGGCGGGCCCUCGUCCACUCAGCACAUUUCAAGGACCUCUCAUGACUCUCUCUCUGUUUCUGCUGUCGUCUGCAGGUGA